AUGCCUCUGCUGGUGGAAGACUACACAUGGACGCAGACAGACUCGAUGGUUUAUAUAAAUGUACCAUUGAAAGGAGCCAAGGCUGGGAAUGUGGACAUACUGGCUACAGACGAAUAUCUAAAGGUCCAUUUCCCACCGUUUCUGUUUGAGGCAUUCCUGUUCGAGCCUGUGAAUGAUGACAGAAGUUCUGCAAAGAUUGGAAACGGAGUGGCAGCUCUCGCCCUGCCGAAGAUCACCCACAAACUGUGGGAGCAGCUCAUGAUCCCCAACAACAAUAAAGAAAAAAAGAAAGCGAUUAGAGAAAGAGCACUCCUGAAACACCAGGAAAAGGUCGCUGUCGAGUCCAAAGCCAAGGCAGCAAAAAGGCAAGAGGAAAAAAAAUAUGCCCUGAGAAAAAUGAUGCAGCUUGAGCAGGAAGAAAGAGACACCAUCCAGAAAAUGAAGGACGAUGAGCGUGAGAAAGUGACGGCCGAAAUGGAAGCAUGGAAACAAAAACAAAGACAGAAAGCCGAGGAAGAGCUGAAACUCAAAAGUCAGAGAACCAGCCAAGAAAAAUUUAAACCUGUGAAAAAGCUGCACGAGCCUGCCAUUGGAAAUAAGGUCAAAGUUGGUCAAAGAUGCAGCGAUGAAGCAAGCAAGAAGAAAGCACCGGUGGAUUUGCCUGCUCCGAGAUCCGCAGGAAAUAUUCAAGUUACAUUUACUCCACGAGUGUUUCCUACGGCCCUCAGGGAGUCACGAGUGCCAGAGGAGGAAGAGUGGCUCAAAAAGCAAGCUGAAGCAAGGCGUGCGGUAAAUGCAGACCUUGAGGAACUGAAGGACCUGAAGGAGGAAGAGAAGAACCCAGACUGGCUAAAAGAGAAGGGAGACAAAUGUUUUGCAACAGGCAACUAUAUGGCUGCAGUGAACGCCUACAACUUGGCAAUCAAGCUUAACAGAAAGAUGCCAGCCCUGUUUUCAAACCGGGCUGCCUGUCAUCUGAAACUGAGAAACCUUCACAAAGCGAUUGAGGAUUCUUCACAGGCGCUCGAUCUGUUGAGGCCACCAGUCGCUGCCAAUGCGUGUGCCCGAGCACGAGCCCAUGUCCGCAGAGGCACUGCUCUCUGUGAGCUGCAGCUCUACGUGGAAGGUCUUCACGAUUACCAGGCUGCUCUGACAAUUGAUCCACAAAAUGAAGCCCUGCAAGCCGACGCACAAAGAAUAAGGCAAAUUAUUCAAAGCAGUGCAGGCGACCCUGACAAAGAACCCCUGCUCUGGGAGAGAAGACCGAGCCCGCCACCCGAGGAGCACGUGCCAGAAAGCGCAGAUGCAUCAGGUCGAGAGGUUGUCUUGAUAGACCAUAACUACGCCGUGGGUCCUGAUCCCUCGGUUGUGGACCUGGUGCUGGAAGAAAAUGCAUCUCUCAAAGAGGAAAUCCGCCAGCUGAGACAGCAGGUCGAGAGCCUUACGGUAAUGCAGAGGUUCGGCAUCCGUCGUUUUGCUGCCUCGGACAAAGAUAUCCGUUUCUUCACCAGGUUUGCAUCACAUGACCUGCUCAUGCGUUUCUGGGCCCAGAUUGAACCAUCUCUGCCAUCAAUGCUGAGUUUAAGGCAAGCUCAGAGAGGCACACUCACUGAGGCAAGCGCUGCAAGCCAUUCCCUCCAGCCCAUCGAUGAGCUCUUCCUGUUUCUGAAUUACCUGGCCCUUGGCUCCAAGCAGUGGGAUCUUGCUGACCGGUACAGAGUCCAUCCCACCACAGUCAGUCAGAUCAUCACAUCAUGGAGCAACUUCUUGUAUGCAGUCCUUGGCUCAGUGAGGAUUUGGAUACCCCAGGAGCAGAUCCAGGAAAAUUUACCUGCAGAUUUCAAGAACUACCCUGACACUACUGUCAUCCUUGACUGCACUGAGUUGAAGUGUCAGUGCCCAUCUUUCCCGCUCCUCCAGAGUGAGGUAUUUUCAAAUUUCAAGUCCCACUGCACACUGAAAGGACUCAUUGGGAUUGCCCCACAUGGGGCUGUAACAUUCAUCUCCAGACUGUAUGCCGGGUCAAUCAGCAACAAGCAGAUCACACGAGAAUGUGGUGUGCUUAACCUCCUGAAACCUGGAAUGGCCGUCAUGGUAGACAGAGAGUUUCUCAUAGAUGACAUUGCACCGUGCAAAGUUUACAGGCCAGCAUUCCUGUCUGGCAGGUCUCAAAUGUCAGCCUGUGAUGUUAGGGAGACCCAGGCCAUUGCACGUCUCAGGGUGCACGUUGAGCGUCUCAUUCGGCGGGUCAAGGAGCACAAAUUCUUUGACUCAGAAAUCCCCCUACGACUUUUUGGAAGCAUCAAUCAAAUGUACACUGUGGCCUGUCUCCUCACCAAUUAUGAGAACGGGCCUCUUGUAAAAGCAUGGGCUAAGUAA